CGCUGGGCGCUCGGUCCGCCUCAGCAGUGGGGAGCAAGCCAGGCCUCCCACCACCAGCGCUGUGUUGGUGUGUGCAGCCCCGGGCCAGGCCCUGGCCAGGGCAGGAGCCCAGAGCCUCUGUUAUGCACCUAAAGCCAUACUGGAAACUCCAGAAGAAAGUGCGACCUCUGGAAAUCAGCAAGGAAACUCUGAGAACUCCUGUGAGCCACCAACAGGCUGUAAAUGAUGAAAAAUGCAAAGCUAGCUGUAUGAAACCAAGUGUCUCUCCUUCAGCCUCUCUUGGUAAAGCAUCAUCUCGAAAGCCUCUUGGAAUCCUUUCUCCAAAUGUUCUGUGCAGCAUGAGUGGGAAGAGUCCUGAAGAAAGCACCUUGAAUGUUAAAACCAAGAAGAAUGCACCGUCUGCAACAGUCCACCAGGGUGAAGAAGGGGAAGGGCCGCUCGAUAUCUGGGCUGUUGUGAAACCAGGAAGCACCAAGGAAAAGAUUGCAUUCUUUGCAGCCCACCAGUGUAGUAAUAGAAUAAGAUCUUUGAAAAUAAAAAGCUCCUGGGAUAUUGAUGGGAGAGCUACUAAAAGAAGGAAGAAAUCAGGGGAUCUUAAAAAAGCCAAGAUACGGUUAGAAAGGAUGAAGGAAGUCAACAGUAGAUGCUACCAGCCUGAGCCUUUUGCGUGUGGCAUUGAGCACUGGCAUUACGUGAGUGACAGUGGGGAUGGUGUCUAUGCUGGGAGGCCUCUGUCGGUCAUACAGAUGGUUGCCUUCCUCGAGCAAAGAGCCAGUGCUCUGCUAGCCAGUUGUGCAAAAAACUGCACUAACUCACCUGCCAUGGUGCGGUUUUCUGGGCAACCCACAGGUGUGCCCCCAGCCUCUGAGCCCUUGUCUGCCCCAGGAGCAUGUGAAGAACCCAUGGAAAGGAGAAAUCCUGAGGUCGGUGAACCACAGAGUGAGCCAGUCUGUGUCCUUGACAUGGUAGCCAGGCUGGAGUCUGAGUGCUUGAAACGGCAGAGCCAGUGUGAGCCUGGGAGCCUCUCGAGGAAUAACAGCUUCCAUCACAAUGCGGGCCGUGUAUUGCUUGUGAAUGGCACUCAGGCUGAGGAAAGCAAAACAAACAAAGGUGCCUUGGAGGUACCUGAUACUCAGGUGAAAACUGUGGGGUCUGUAUCUGUGGACUGUGGCCCCUUAAGAGCUGACCGUUGUUCUUCUAAGGGGGACCAGGCCUGGGAUGGCGCUUCUCAGGGCUGUCCCUCACUGUCGGCAGGCGCAAGUUUGCACACGGACUGUGCACAACUAGAGCCAGGUCAGCAGACUGCCAGGAAAAACAGCAAUAGACAUGAUGUGGAAAUGACAGAGGAACUUGUUGGGUCACCUUUCCCUCCUCGCACCUGUCCCCAGGCCAUGAAAUUGCCCACAGAUGCUGUUGAUGGCAUGAGUGAAGCGCUUGUGCCGCUUGCCAGCCAAUGUCCUGGUCAGAGAAGAAAGUCUUUGCGCAUUAGUAUCACUGUGCCCAAGGUAGAGAAAGACCAGCCUUCCAGUUCAGAGUCCUGCGAAGACCCACUUCCUGGGAUGUUGUUUUUUUUGCCGUCUGGUCAGCACCAGUUGGGCUGUUCCUAAGUGAAUGAAAGCACAACAGAAGACUCUACCGAGGCCAGUCAGCUUGAAGAUGCCACUGAGGGUGACAGUGCAUCUGAGGAAAGAAGUGUCUCGGCCGAUUCAUUUGUCACGCUGGCCUCGCCUGUGGAAAGUACAUUACCAGCGCUUGAGGCAUCCAUUUGGAAGAAGCGGGUGUCACAUGACUUUCUGGAGACCAGGUUUAAAAUCCAGCAGCUUCUGGAACCUCAGCAGUACAUGGCUUUCCUUCCCCACCACAUUAUGGUGAAAAUCUUCAGGUUACUUCCCACUAAGAGUUUAGUGGCUCUUAAAUGUACCUGCUGCUAUUUCAAGUUUAUCAUUGAAUAUUACAAUAUCCGGCCAGCAGAUUCUCGCUGGGUUUGGGAUCCACGCUAUAGAGAGGAUCCGUGCAAGCAGUGCAAGAAAAAAUAUGUGAAAGGGGACAUAUCCCUGUGCCGGUGGCACCCCAAGCCCUAUUGCCAGGCAUUGCCCUAUGGGCCAGGAUACUGGAUGUGCUGCCACAGGUCUCAGAAGGGCUUCCCUGGCUGUAAGCUGGGGCUUCAUGACGAUCACUGGGUCCCUGCUUGCCAUAGCUUUAAUCGGGCGAUCCAUAAGAAAGCAAAAGGGACUGAAAUGGAAGAGGAAUACUAA